GUCCUCUGGCCGUGCGAGUGUAGAAUUCCAGCAAUUAGAAAGCGAACACAUAUGGCUUUCUUGGCAUGGAACAUUUUCUAGUACAAGAACUAUUAGUUGUAGUAUUCUAUAUUGCCUUGUCACCGUCUUUUCUUCACUUUAUUUUUCCUUUCUCUGUCGUUUUCUCUAGCUCCGCUCAUGUAAUUUGUUACUAUUCGCGUUGGUCUGACGUUGUACCCAAGAUGAAAAGAUAUGCUCAAUUGAUUUUGUUAGCUUCUAAUGCUCAUCAACAGAUACAUAAUUGUCCCAAUUCAGUUGCAUCUAUGCAUUUCCAAGGCGUCUACAACUCCUUUCCUCUUCUCUGUUCCUGGAUUUUGGACUAGCUUCAAGAUGGAGGGAAAAGCUAGUAAGGAACGCAAGUCCUAUAGGAGUGUUCUAUCAAACUACAGGCUGGGCAAGACAUUGGGUGUUGGAUGCUUUGCUAAAGUCAAACUAGCUGUUCAUAAUUUGACAGGGAUUAAAGUUGCCAUAAAGAUCCUUGAUCGUCAAACGCUUGAUGAGUUUGAAACUAUGAAAGCUAUUGAACCUGAAACAAUAGACCAGUGGACCCUCCAAAGCAUUUCUACAUCAGUGUCAUUACGGUUAUUUGUUGGACAUACUGGGAGUUCUUUCUUGAGAGCAGUUAGACGAGAAGUUAAUAUAAUGAGGCAGCUUUCACAUCCUCAUAUUGUUCGGCUCUUUGAAGUUAUAGAAACAACUUCCCACAUAUAUGUGGUUAUGGAGUAUAUGAAUUCUGGUGAACUAUUUUACUACAUCACAGAGAAAGGUAGAUUGAAUGAGGAUGAAGCCCGCCACUUCUUUCAACAGAUAAUCUCAGGUAUUGAGUAUUGCCACCAUCACAUGGUGGUUCAUCGGGACCUCAAGCCAGAAAACCUACUGUUGGAUUCUAAACGCAAUGUCAAAAUUGCUGACUUUGGACUUGGGAAUAUAAUGCGUGAUGGCCAUUUCCUCAAAACAAGCUGUGGGAGUCCAAAUUAUGCUGCUCCAGAGGUUGUGGGUAAUCGACUUUAUGCUGGUCCCGAAGCUGAUGUAUGGAGUUGUGGAGUUAUCUUAUAUGCUCUAAUCUGCGGAAGGCUUCCUUUUGAUGAUGAUAACCUUCCUGGAUUAUAUGCAAAAAUAAGGAAUGGUAGUUACACAGUCUCAAAUCACAUGUCAAGGGGUGCAAAUGACUUGAUUGCAAGGAUUUUUGAGGUCAACCCUGUGGACCGCAUAUCCAUUCCUGAAAUACGCCGGCAUCCAUGGUUUCAGCAACACAUCCCGCGGUAUAUAUCAAAUGCAACAAUUGAGUCAUUAUAUGAUACAACAAAGGUAGAUGAGGAAGUUGUUAGAGAAAUGGUUAACAUGGGCUUUGAUAUUUGUGAAGUGAUUGGGUCUGUUCUCAAUCAUCUGCAAAAUGAGAUCACAGUCACAUAUUAUCUGCUGUUGCAUCGUCAGUUUCAAGGUCGCUUUAGUUAUGGUAGAAGCGAGCUUGGGGAAUCUUCCUCGCAGGAGUUGUUCGACCAUACUCGAAUUUUCUUGAGGUCUGUUUCUGCUCUUGAACAGAAGUGGACACUUGGGUUUAAGUCUCAGGCAUCUCCGCAUCAAACUAUGAUGGAUGUUUUAAAAGUUUUUCAUAGCAUAAAUGUGCAGUGGAAGCAAAUAGGACCUUAUAACAUGAAAUGUCUAUGGAACCCUCCAUCUUCCAAAGCUUUAAAUGGAAAAUUUGUUGAUCAGUUCCCCCAAAUACCUCAAACAAAGCCUGUCGAUGGCAAAACAGAGCCAAGUACAGCUGCUAAUGGGAUGGGCAUUAGAAAGCAUGAUGUUGUUAAGUUUGAAUUGCAGCUUUACCGAGGUAGCACAGAGUUGUACGUUGUGGAUUUGCAAUGGUUGAACGGGCCACCAUUUCUCUUCCUUGAAAUUUGUGCAUCGUUUCUUUUUGCUGUUGGAGUAAUGUAGCCUGCUGGAUGCAGAGUGCAGAAUGGUUUACAGCUCCCUGAGAAGCUUUUGGCAGUCUGCUGUCUUCUUUGCUGAAGAAUUGAACCUAUACAGGUGGACUGAUGGGUUAAUUCAUAACCUCUUGCUGUUUCAUGAGGGCACAUCUUAUAUUGAUGCUACCUUUGGAUGUUUUAGCAUGAUGAUUAUACAAUAACUAGUGACUUCUACAGAUGAGAAAUCUUAACGUGUAUUUGACGAGUGCUCUGGUCAUUGCUCAACAUUUCAUAUAUACAGAAAUUUGCCUUUGAUUUAUUCGAAAUUUUUGCCUCUUAUA